ACACACACACGUUUCCACUCAAAAUACACAAAACAAGAAUGUAUACAUGCUCCCAUUACAUAUGUACAUACACACAUACAUGCACACAAACACACUCACUGACAUUUGUGCUUCCUAAUUAAUGCUAUCUGUUUGGACAUCUCAGUGUGUUUAGAGGCACGUCAUGUGUGAUUGGUCCGUGGUGCUCACUCCAGCCAAUCACAGACCAGGAAGAGGCUGACGUCACCUGAGUUGAGGAUCACGUCGGGUCAGUGGCGGCAGCUUCCGGUGAUGGAAAGACAUGCAUCUUUUAUUUUCAUUUUCAGUCCGGAGCUUACGUGACAUACAUUCAAAAGCGUAACUAAUAUUCUCAGGGACAAUAAUGGUAAUAGUUUUGAAUGUAGAAAACUUUAUAGGCUUCCUGCAAGAUCGUCUUAUCGUUCCGUGGGUAUCGAACGCGUUUAAGAGUUAACAAGGUGAACGUGAGGAGCAGGCAGUGACGAGGGCCGCAUGUCCGCGCGGUCACCAGGACGACCUUCAGCUACAGAGUGAACUGUUUGGAGCGAACAUCCUUGAAGCACUUCACCCUUAUUAUCUAGACUGAACUAAGGUUUAGGCUGGGCAAGAACUGAGAAGCAAGCUACCAUAGUGUGACUGCCAGAGAGACCUUGUGUAGACAGGCGGGCAGUGCGUCCUUCAAGAUGGGAAGUGCCGUGGCCAAAGAGGACGAGGGUCAGAAAAACAAAACCAUUUUCAUCAAGCUGCUCAACCACGUGCAGUGGCUGACCUUCAGUACGAAAAUCAGCACUGAGGACCUGAACGACCGGCUGACUGCGUUGUGUGGACAGCCCCGAGGCGCCACCAUACUGCUGAAAGACCGGUACGGUGCUCAGGUGGUCGUCAGUCCCGCCAUGAGGACGAACACCCUCCAUGACGCCUUCAUCGUGGAGAUGCAAGCAGAUCGCCUCAGCGUGUCGGCGCUCAGAAAACGCGCCAAGCAGGGCAGGCAAGGCAUGAGAACAGGCAAGAAAGUCCCCGACACUUAGCACCGUCGCUGUCUCUGCACACCACCACGUCCCACUCCGCCACUCACCCAUCUCCCUCGUAGCAAUAGACUGAAGUGUGCAUUACAACCACAAACAUGAGUUCCUGCAUUGGCCAAGAGAGAUAUGAUGAUGAACAGUGACAGUGAUAAGACUGGGUUGGCCACUGGAUGCUUUCCUUCUCUAGAGUAGUGAGGGUUCAAGUGCACAUGUGUACUCGUAGUGGAACAUUAUAGGAACAUACCCAAGCCAAGUGACAGUAGUUUGCCAUGUAUUUUCUUCUGUUUGUUCUGUAGUACGUUCACUAUAUAGCUAGGAUGACGCACUAGUGGCUCCUCUUAUCCAUGUCGACGUUCCUUAUUGUUGCAUUAUCCGCAGUAUCGCAGUAUUGUCUUUAAAUAUCACCUGUUGUCUAGCCAGAGUAUAGCUGAUCGGUAACCGCAGGUAGAUGAUGAAGGUGUGGUUCGUCAGACAUCACGAGGAGACAAGCCAAGCAUGUGUUACAUCACUCUUUUCAGUAACUUUACUAAUAUAUUGUGUGAGUACCCAGGUUUUGUUAGACCUAUAGUUAUUCACUGCUUCGUCAACAAGACCUGCUGCUUCCUGACCUUCAGGCCAAAAUAGAAAGGUAAUGGUGUCAAUUGUCAUCAUUAUAAGGAUCUCUAUUAACGAUUCUGUCGGCAAAGAAUAGGAGAAAGAGAACCAUUAUGACGCUAGCAAGGACACGUGUGGUGGCGCUGCUGGCAGUGAUAACGAUGGUGAUGAUGGUGUUGAUGUCACAGUUUGGCAGUCAGGAAAGUAGGGGAUCAUGUCUGCCUGAAUCUCCGACACACAGCCCCUACCUUCAGUACUUAUUCAUUAAAUGCACACUGCCGCCUUACUACAUGUAUGAUACCCAACGGAUAAAAAUGUCGUACCUUUUCAAUACACACUCACAUGCUCACAUGGUGGCACGAUAGAAAUAUUGCCUGUAGCGUGUUAUGAUUUUAUCCUCGCCAGAGAUAGCAGGAUGUUGUCUCCUUCAUGUCACUGCAAUGUGUUACGUAAUGCACAAGUAACUAUUAAUAUACAAAUGUAUAUUAAUGUAACAAGAACACAAAAAAAGGCAAAAACUGUUUUCCUGACAGUUCUACUAAAUUAGGUACUUUGCAUUUUGUAUUACACGCUUUAUUUCGCGAUUUGUGUUGUGUUUGUAGUAUUGUGAAACUGUUGUGUGUUGUAUCUAACAUGAAGACAUUAAAACCGAAGACAGAGUA